AUGAAAGAUUUCCAGAAGAUAAUUCAAAAUAUGAGAUUAUUUAUUUCAGUUCAUCCUAAAUACUUAAAACAAACUAAAAAAGAAGAAUUCAUUAUACAACUCCAAAAUCUAAAAUCAUUUUAUGGAGAAUUCAUAGAGAAUAUUGAAGAAGAAGGCCUAGUAUGGUACAAUAUGUGGAAAGAAAAAAAUGAUAACAAUUUGGAUUUUCUGAAUUUAUUAGAUGAAGUCACAUUUUUACCUUCAAUAAAAAAAAAGUCUUUUAAUAGCAGCUACACUUCCAUCUACUACAUGUAG